AUAGCAGACCAGCCGCCAUUAUAAAUGGGUGGCACUAUGCACGCUCUCUCGGCAGUACCAAAUAAAGCAAAAAAGAGGGGGGAAAUGGCAGAAAAAUCUUACGAGGAAGAACAUCCUACCAAGGCUUUUGGAUGGGCAGCCAGAGACCAAUCCGGGGUCCUCUCUCCUUUCAAAUUCUCCAGGAGGUCAACAGGAGAGAAGGAUGUGAGAUUGAAGGUGCUGUUUUGUGGAAUAUGUCACACAGACCUUCAUAUGGCCAAGAAUGAGUGGGGUAAUUCCACGUACCCUCUAGUUCCUGGGCAUGAGAUUGUUGGGCAAGUGACAGGAGUAGGAAGCAAAGUUGAAAAGUUCAGAGUUGGAGACAAAGUGGGGGUGGCGGGCAUGAUUGGAUCAUGCCACUCUUGCGAUAGUUGCAGCAACAAUCUUGAAAAUUACUGCUCGGAAGUGAUAAUCACAUAUGGUGCAAAAUACCUAGAUGGAACCACCACAUAUGGGGGCUACUCGGACAUUAUGGUCGUAGAUGAGCACUUCGUAGUUCAUAUUCCAGACAACCUAUCUCUUGAUGCAGCCGCACCUCUCCUAUGCGCUGGAAUUACAGUGUAUAGCCCCUUGAGAUUUUACGGUCUUGACAAACCGGGUAUGCAUGUGGGUGUGGUUGGGCUCGGUGGGCUAGGUCAUGUAGCUGUAAAGUUUGCAAAAGCUAUGGGGGUCAAGGUGACAGUUAUUAGCACCUCACCCAACAAGAAACAAGAAGCCCUCGAGCAUCUUGGUGCCGACUCAUUUUUGGUUAGCCGUGAUCAGGAUCAGAUGCAGGCUGCAAUGGGCACAAUGGAUGGUGUAAUUGACACGGUGUCGGCCAUGCAUCCUAUCUUGCCUUUGAUUAGUCUAUUGAAGACUCAAGGAAAGCUGGUUUUGGUUGGUGCGCCUGCGAAACCACUUGAGCUACCAGUGUUUCCUUUGAUCGUGGGAAGAAAAAUAGUGGGUGGGAGUGCUGGUGGAGGAAUGCAGGAAACACAAGAGAUGAUUGAUUUUGCUGCUAAGAACAACAUAACAGCAGAUAUCGAGUUGAUUUCAAUGGAUUAUGUGAACACUGCCAUGGAGCGGCUAUUGAAAACUGAUGUUAGGUAUCGAUUUGUCAUUGAUAUUGGCAACACAAUGAAAAAUUGAAUUUUCUCCCCAAUAAAUAUUGGAUGAAUAAAAUGCAUGUAAUGUGAGAAUUCAUGAGCUUGAAUCA